CUUCCAGCCACCGGAUGGUGAAGGUUGAGGAGGUGUAGAAGUGACUUCUGUCCUCGCAGGAUGGCGACAGCAAUGCAAGUCGCGAAAGAUAGAACUGACGGAUCAGAUUAGGCGGGCAUGACCCACCCGAUUGGUAAUCCCGCCAUUGGAGGUAGAUCUGACUCCAUUCUUCUUCGCACACUCGGUCGACUUCAUCUAUUCUUCUCACUCUGUCUCAUCCUCUCAAUAUACAACUCUACUCAGUCCUACCUUUAACACACAGCCCCUUCGUUACCCUGCAGAAUCGCUAACACAAGGCUCAAUGGUGGCAAUGGGCGGGGGACCCGAGUACCCGCAACGGGGUGAACACGAGCGCGAGCUGCUGCUCUGUGUACUACCGUGGCCCGAGAAGGCGUCAGAGAAGGUCAUUGGCGAAAUCAGAGAUGAGUUUCCGAAUCUGGAAAUGCAUUAUAUCGCCCAGACGUACGAGGACCUCAAGACGGGGAAGACAGAGGUCCCGGAAGACCUCUGCAAACGCGCCAGCUAUCUUGCAACACUAUCCUGGCUUCCGCUCCACGUCUCUUCGGUCCCCAACGUCAAGUUCAUCCAAUUCUACUCCGCUGGAACCAAUCAUGUCGCAAAGCAUCCAAUCUACACGGACUCCAAGAUCCCUCUCUGCAGUGCUUCAGGCGUUCACGGCCCCCAGAUUGCCGAAUGGGUCAUCAUGAUGGACCUCGUGCACAGUCACAAGUACACGAUACUGUACGACGCCCAAAAGAGGAAAGAGUGGAAACAGAAGGUCGGGAUGGAAGGGGUGAGUGAUAACGUAGGCAAAAGAGUGGGAGUCUUGGGUUACGGGUCCAUUGGCAGACAAGUCGCGCGUGUGGCGAAAGCCAUGGGCAUGGACGUGAUCGCAUACACGGCAUCGCCACGGCCGACACCCGAAUCCAGGCGCGAUGGGGGCUUCAUUGUGCCCGGGACCGGAGACCCCGAGGGCGAGUACCCAAGUGCGUGGUUCAGUGGCCUGAACAAGGACAGCCUGCACGAGUUCUUGAAGCAGAAGAUCGAUCUGCUGGUAUUGAGUGUGCCGUUGACAAAGGAAACAACGCACUUCCUGUCCACCGAGGAAUUCGCCCUCCUCAACGAGGUCAACCCCGCCGGCACCUACAUCGCCAACAUCAGCCGCGGCCAGGUCAUUGACCAGCCCACCCUUGUUAAAGCUCUGGAGCGCAAGCAGAUCCGCGGCGCAGCACUUGAUGUUACGGAUCCGGAGCCGUUGCCCGCGGAUGAUCCGCUCUGGACGGCGCCGAACUGCUUGAUCACCCCGCACGUUAGUGGCAGCACUACCGUCUAUGCUGAGAGGGCGUUCCAGGUGCUUAGGGAGAAUCUCAGACGCGAGAGAGAUGGAAAGCAUUUGGUGAAUGAGGUCGAUAGGGAUAGGGGUUACUAAAUAGAACGAUGGCUGCGCUCAGGCCUGUAGAGGGGGGAUUUCAGCAGUAAGACGGCAUCUGGUGAGUGAAGUUGAUAGGGAGAGAGGCCAUUAGGAGGGUGAAGCGUCGAAAUAGAUGUGCUAGAAGAAGGAUGAUUGAUGAUCAUGGGGUUAUGAAUGAACAUAUAGAACCAAGCGUACACUACGGGAAUAGCAUACGGAGUUUUGUC